UUGGCUUAUAUCAUGUUUAUCGUCGAUAACGGCUUGGUCGAAUGUAUAUUUUGCUAAUUUAGCAUAUCAAACAAUCAUUAUUUUUCUACAAUCUGCAUAAAAAUGGAUAUAGUUAGAGCCGCAGGAGACACUCCUUUGGUUUCCAACAGAGUCAGUGAGAAGGCGGACUUGCAAAACCUAAACCAUCGAUUUGCAUCGUACAUUCAGUCUGUUCGAAAUGCUCAAGAACGUGAGCUUCAGCAACGAAAUUUGUUUGCUGAAAGCAGAAAACAAGCUGAUAUCCCUGAUUCAAUUCGACUACAGUAUGAACAAGAGAUUAGGGAACUUCAGGCAAAGUUGGAAGAAAUGUCUCGAGAAAAACAGGAGCUUGAAAUGUCCAGAGUAAAAUAUGAAACUACAACUGAUGAGUAUGAAAAUAGAAUUGUCUCAUUGAAUGAAACUGUUUUUGCGAAGCAAAAUGAGCUUCAAAGGUUACAUGGUGCAUUAGCUGCGAAAGAUGUUGAACUUCAAGAAGCAAGAGCUGAUGCAACUCAGCCCAGACUUGCGUUAGAAGGUGCAAGAAUGGAGACUGAUGAUCUCAGAAAAAGACUUGAAGAAUCAGAAAGAAGAUUACUUUUGGAAGGAAAUGCCAAGUCUGACUUACAACAAAGGUUGUCAAAUAUACAGAACAAAAUGCAACAAGAAGUACUUUUAUAUCAGCAAGAACAAACUGAAAUGAGAAAUAAAUUAGAAAAAUCUCAUCAACUCAUUCUUCAACUUGAAGAUAAAGUUAGGAAAGCAGGACAAACAGAUUCAAGUCUUGCUGAUAUGAUGAGAAAAGUGAGAGAAGCCAGUGAAGCUGAACUAAGAAGAUUUAUGGAAGAAACUGAAGCAAAAUAUAGUCUCAAUAUACAAGAAGUUAAAAUGCGGAUGGAUGCCAAUGUCUCUAAUUUGACUGCUCUUGUUGAAGAAAAUGGAAAUCUACGAGCACAAAUCGAUACACAGGCAGCAGAUGUUCGAGCAAUGGAAACAAAGUUGUCAAUGCUUGAAAAUCAAAAAAUUUCAGCUGAAAAUGCAUUGGAAAAUGAAAAAUCCUUAUUUCAAUCACAUGUUCGAGAGUUAGAAAGGAAGCUACAGGAAACCCAGGAUCUCCUGUUGGUUAAAAUUCAGGAACUUGGUAUUGCUCAGGAGGCAAAUAUUCCAUUAAAAGCGGAAAUCAAUGCUUUGAAAACUUUGAUUGAGGAAGAAGAAAGAAGGCUGAACACACGUUUUGUUUCAUCGCCUGAAAAUAUGUUUAUGGCAUCACUCACUAAUCAACAACUGUCACCCUCUCCUGCAUUUGUGGAAACAUUGGGUGGAUUGCCACAAAAAAGUCCAGAUUACACUAGCAUAUCAAGGGCAACAACCUCUCCAGGGGGCUUAUCUCCGAAUCACCUCUUGGGAACGAGCAGUAGUUAUCACAGAGAAACAAAUGCUUCAACUUCUUUUCCUUUGAGCAAACGUCCUUCAUCAGGUCCAAGCAAAACAAGCUCUUCUAAGCAGGAAGAUAUAUUAAAUAUACCUAGAUCUGCUCCUACAUAUAUACCAACGACUUCUGAUAGAUUAUUAAGAGGAAAUUCGAACGAAUUCGAGAGCAAAGUUCUUACACCAUUGUCUGAAAGUGCAAGUAGUGAUUUGUUUGAUUUGAGGCAAGGAGAUGACAACAAUAACAUCAAACGUGGUCCACUCGUUGGAAUGGACGAGUUACCACCCAGACCAGAUAACCCAACUCCAACACCAUUACCCUCACGUCCAUUAAGUGCAUCUAACUCAAGAUAUAUUUCAUCUGCAGGCCAAGGAAAAGACUACUUCGAUGCCAUGUUCAGUGACAUCAGAAAAGAUACUUUGUAUUCAAGAGUAACGGAAGAAGACACAGGUCCUUCCACUGCUCAUAUUUCUUCUGUUCAUCAGGACAUGAUCAACUCAACUGGAAGCCAACCUAUAGCUGGUUCCAGCAAUAAAAUUUGGUAUUCUGGAGCUACAACCAGUGCCACAGGAAAUGUGAAAGUUCUACAAGUUGCAGAUGAUGGAUCGUGUGUAGUUGUUAGCAACACAUCUGCCACACAAGAAGAAAAUAUCGGUGGUUUUAUGUUGCAACAAUCUGUUGGAGGGCAUCCUGUAGCCUUGUGUUUAGAUUUCCUCCUAGAAACCAGACUGAAGCCAUCAACUACUACUACAGUUUGGAGUGCAAGAGCAUUGAAUGGGGUUCACAAUCCACCAUUCCAUUAUGUUUGGUCACAGCUUGAUAAAUGGGGAACAGGACCAGAAUGUACAACAAUUCUAUGUAAACCAAAUGGUCAGGCAAUUGCAUGGGUGACAUCUGCUACACGCACAAUGAAGGCUCACAGAGGAUACAAAUAUGCUCCGAAUGUCAGUCAGCAAACUGAGGAAACACAAAAAUUGUUAGAAGAUAUCCGAGUCAAGAAUCAACAAAAUGAUUUUGAUGAAGAUUCAGAAGACGAAUGGAAACCUGAUCCAGUUACUUUACCAUCAAUGUACACAUCGAAACCAACUUUAUAUAGAGAUACUGGAUAUAACCCUAGGCCAAAUCCAACCAUAAGAAAACCAAGGUCAUCACCAGGAUCACGAACAUCUGCAUCUAUGGGUCUGUUGCCUUCACGUACUGGCAGUGCACCAUUGUAUCUACAUCAACCAAGAACAUCUGCAACACAAGUGAGUGGCAACAGUUCGUAUAUUCCUCCCUGGUCACUUUACUGCCAGGAAGAAGAUGAUAACACUAAUUAUACUGAAAUUAAAUCUGCCCCUUUGAAUCGUACUACUAAUAACAUAACACAAGAUUGUGAUAGGCUUCAGUCUGCACCUGCUGGAAUAAGAGGGACUUACGAUGAAGUGCCUAGAAAAUCCCCAGGGCAGAGUGCCCGCAUUCAUCUUCCAGGCACAUUUUGGCCCCCUGCGGAACAACACCAAAAAGGCAUGGAGUGGUUGAGGUCACAACAUAACAUUGAUUUUCUACCACCCAUGCCUAAAGCAUUCCCUUGUGUUACGCCAACAUACAGAACACUGAAUAAGUCGUACUAAGAGCAAACUGAAUUAAUUAAUGUACUAAUUAAGUUUUUAUUGAAAUAUUGGGUGGUGCUUGCAAUGUGUGCUAAUUAACGUUUUUUUUAAGAUUUGUAAGCAAGCUAACAUACUGUUAUUAAGCGGUCACUCAAAGACAUGUUGCAAACACUUUCAUAAUUUGUAAAUUGGAUAAUAUGCUUCACACAUUCACGUUUCACACAAUAUUUGUAUCACAAUCUGUCAAUGUUAAAUCUGCCUACUAUAUUUGCACCAUCACCAUAUUGUACAAUCUAUAAUCUUAUUAUUUAAUGUGUUUCAUCAAGUUGAUGUUAUAAUUUGUAAGAUAUUUUCGUUCUCUGAACAUUACCACACCACAAAAUCAGGAAGAACAAAGUACUGAAACUAUUGAACAGGUUACUCUGUUUAGCGUUAUUAAAAGCUAUAGACAGUAGUAACUCAUGCAUUAUUCGUUGUAUUACUUACUCCCUUUCAAUUUUGCUCAAAAAUUAAUUUAUAGAAAAUUCUACACAUGCAUGUAGUGAUUACCCUAACUCCCCAUUAAAAAUAAUUAUAAUUUAAUCGAUUUUAUCAAGUUACCUAAAUUUAAUUAAUUUCAAUUGUUUCAAUUUAAUUACCGAUAUUUAAGCUGUAAAAUAGGCGGUUUUUAAUUUUUAUGUCCUGACCCAAUUAUACCAAAGAAUAUUGUUGAUAAAUAUGGAUACUGUUUUAUAUUAAUUUUUGUUCUCAGUGUUUUAAUUUCUGCAAGCAUGAGCUGCAUGUUGAUAAGUAGUAGUUCAAUAAUUGUUGUAAUUAAUGUUGUCUUGUCAUUGCCAUUUAGUCAAUUAGGUUAAUCGGCUAUCACUAACUAUGUGUAGUUCCAUCAAAUUAGGAAAUCUUGGUAAUUAUUGAAAAGGGAGGUACCUUAGUUGAAAUUUUAAUUAUCGUGAAGUGGGUAUUUUAUCAUUAAACGGCGUUUUGUAUCCCUAAUACUAAUUUGGAGAAACGUUGAAGAGGGGUUAGGAUUCCAAAUUUUAAGAUUGGGUUCUCUUUUGUAUUGAACUCACUAACAACAGGUCCUAUCAUUUUAGGAAAUGUAUGAAUGUCACUACAUAUGCUAUAUUAACAUGAUACGAAUUACAUAAACCUAUUCCCCCCUGAAUUCCAUUGCUGGUUAGGACCCUGAUUGGGACUAAGAACAGGUUUCCUUUCAGAUCAAUAGUCAAAAUCACUUAUUUUGUGAUUCCAAGUUAUUUUUUUUCAUCUGGGCCAUCUCAUUCCAUAAUUACCAAGAUUUCAUAACCACGUCAGCAAUCAGUAAUCAGUUGUAGUAUAGUGAUUCAUGUACAUUCAACUAUAAACCUAAAAACUAACAUUCAUAUCAGGAGUCCAAGAGACAACUUUCUACAGCAAACAGAGACCUUAUCGAUCUAACAACACAAAGAAGUCUCAGAUCAAAGUAUGGUUUCGAUUUCAUGGCUUAUCCUCCUAAAGUUACAAAUUAUGAUGGAAC